AUGACGAAAAAAUCAUACAAUAUCGAGACCGAGUUGGUAUGGACAAAGUCCACCGACCAGUACAACGCCAGUGUGCCUCCAUUGUAUCAGUCAGCCACAUUCAAGCAAGAGUCCUUGUCCAAUAUGGGGGAGUACGACUACACGAGAUCGGGAAACCCUACCAGAACACAUUUGCAGAACCACUUGGCUAAGAUCAUGAAGGCCAACCAGACAUUUGCCGUGACUUCAGGCAUGGGAUGUCUUGAUGUCAUCACGAGAUUGCUUCAGCCUGGUGACGAAGUGAUUGCUGGUGACGAUUUAUACGGUGGAACCCACCGGUUGUUAACUUACAUGAACAAUAAGGGUGAUUUGAAAGUGAACCACUAUGACACCACUAAUACCGAGUUGAUCAAGUCCAAAAUAACUCCUGCCACCAAGAUGAUUUUCUUGGAGUCUCCUACCAACCCAUUGAUUAAGGUGUGUGACGUUAAGGCCAUUACGGAGCAUGCACAUGCUGUCAACCCAGACCUCCUUGUUGUUUUCGAUAACACCAUGAUGACCCCAUUGUUGAUGACUCCGUUGGACUUGGGUGUGGAUAUUCACUACGAGUCGGCCACCAAGUACUUGAACGGUCACCACGAUAUCAUGGCAGGAGUGAUUGCUACGCGCGAUCCCAAAUUGGCUGAGCGUGUGUAUUUUGUCAUCAACUCCACCGGUUGUGGCUUGAGUCCCUUCGAUCUGUGGUUGUUGAGUAGAGGUUUGAGAACUUUGGCUGUAAGAGUUGAGAGACAGCAACAGAAUUGCGUGAAAAUCGCCGAGUUCUUGCAACUGGUGGGAUUUAAGGUCAGAUACCCUGGCUUAAAGUCACAUCCCCAGCAUGCAUUACAUCAGAGCCAGUGCAAAGGAGCUGGAGCCGUGUUGAGUUUUGAGACUGGAUCCAUCAAGACUUCAGAAAAAAUCGUGGAGGCAGCAGAGAUUUUUGGAAUCGCUGUAUCGUUCGGUUGCGUCAACUCUUUAAUCUCUAUGCCUUGUAAGAUGUCACAUGCUUCCAUCGACGCUAAGACUAGAGAGGAGAGAGACUUUCCAGAAGACUUGAUUCGGUUGUGCAUAGGUAUCGAGAACGUCGAUGACUUGAUCGACGACUUGACUCGGGCCCUCUUGAAGAGUGGAGCCGUAAAGCUCAACGAGAAGGACGAAUUGUUCAAUGCGGUGGGCGUGGUAGCCAAGUUGUAA